GAACUCGAGCAAGACGUUGUGGCAGUGGUUGUCUUGUGGCGUGUGGUGAAUUCUGAUUCGCUCUCCUUCUGAUUUUUGUUGAAUGUUUUCAUCUUUCAUGUUUACGUUAACCGGCGUGAUGGUUAAUUGAUGAUUUUAUAAACUGUAAUUAUUUAAUAAUUAUAUGUUGUGCUAUUUAAUGAGAUGUUAAUAUCUCGUGACUUCAGUUAAUCCUAGAAUUAAUAUGAACUAUCCUCAAGGCUUAUUUAUUCCAUUGGUAUUUUUACUACUUGUGUCUUACAGUAGUUUUAGAUGCAACGCAAAAAAGAAACAGAAAGCAUUAAUCGACAUGUCGGAUCAUAAGGAGUUGAAACAACUGCUCAGAACAAAAACUAAUGUUUUACUGACUUUUAUUUCAUCGCCAAAGGUAGCCGAGAAAUCUUUGAAGGUGGUGAAUGAAGCUGCAGAAACUGUAAGGGGCGAAGGAACAAUGGUUUUAGUUGAUUGUUCUGGAACUGGCAAAAAGCUGUGCAAAAAGAUGAAAGCCAGUCCUGAGGUGAUAGAAAUGCGUCACUACAAGGAUGGCGAGUUCCACAAGAACUACGAUCGCAAGGAGACCGUUGCCAGUCUGGUCAAUUUCAUGAGAGAUCCGAAAGGAGAUCUGCCGUGGGAAGAAGAGCCUGCUGCUGUUGAUGUCGUGCAUCUUCCCAAUCUACAGAGUUUGGAAAGAUUAUUGAAAAAGGAGAAGCGUGGAGUGAUGAUUAUGUUCUACGCGCCGUGGUGCGGAUUUUGUAAGAAGAUGAAGCCGGACUACUCGGAGGCCGCCACUGAAGCCAAGGAGGUUGGUGUGCUGGCAGCCAUCGACAUCAACAGACCCGAGAACGCUAUUGUUAGAACAAAGUACAACAUCACUGGAUAUCCUACUCUCAUCUAUUUCGAAAACGGGCAACAGAAGAUGGUAUACGAGGGAGAUAACACUAAGGACAAACUAGUUGCGUUCAUGAAGGACCCCCGCCCUCCUCCCCCCGUCGUGCCCCCUCCCGAGUGGGCCGACGAGGAGUCUGACGUCGUUCAUCUCAAAACUGACACUUUCAGUGAAUUUAUCGAGAGCAAUCCUUCAGUUCUGGUGAUGUUCUAUGCACCAUGGUGUGGCCAUUGUAAGAAACUGAAGCCAGAAUACGAUAAAGCAGCAACCACAAUCAAGAAGUUGAAGUUGGGUGUUCUGGCAGCGGUAGACGCCACCAAAGAGCCGUCGCUAGCGUCGAAAUUCAAGGUGACCGGCUACCCGACCAUGAAAUACUUUGAGACGGGGGCCUUCGCCUAUGACACGCCCAGCCUGCGCGAAGCCGACAAAUUGGUGGCAUUCAUGCGCAGCCCCCAGCAGCCACCUCCCCCGCCGCCCCCCGACCAGGAAUGGGCCGACCAGCCGUCAGAUGUACUCCAUCUCAACCUAGACAACUACAAGCCCGAGCUCAGGAAGAAACGUCACUCCCUGGUCAUGUUCUAUGCGCCUUGGUGCGGCCACUGCAAGAGCGCAAAGCCGGAGUUUGUAAGUGCGGCGGCCGAGCUGUCUGACAGCGGUCGCAUGGUGCUGGGUGCCGUCGACUGCACCAAGGAGGUGUCGCUCUGCAAGGCGCAUGACGUCAGAGGAUAUCCCACGUUCAAGUACUUCCACUACCUCAACAAAGCCGUCGCUGACUAUUCGGGUGGAAGGACGGCGAAAGAUUUUGUGAAAUACAUGAAGAAUGCAGAAGACAACCUCAAAAAAUUGUUACAUGAAUCGGAAAAGACUAAGGACGAAUUAUGAAAAUUGAAGGAUCAAUUAAAUCCAUUGACCAUCGGAGAACUCGCCAGUUUCUUGGCUUGAGAGUGCACAAGUCACUUAAUUCUUACAAAUUUAAUCAACAAAAAUAACAAUGGUAGCUGCGUUUUUGCGCUAUUUCUAUUGUGAUGAAAAAUGUUCCACUGUAGAAAGGUAUUUCAAAACUCUUACAAUGUAAACGAGAACAAUGUUUUCUCGUCUGGAAAUUCCUUCUGGUAAUUAAAAUGAUCAUAACUAAUGAUUAUAAUGAUUAGGAGUGCUUUUUGGUCUUACCAAAUUGAAACAAGAAGCUCAAUACUGUUUUAUUCCACAAAGCUUCAAAUUUCGAUCCAAAUUCAAUUUGUUCUUUCCACAAUAAUAUAUAGUACUCAAUUAUUGCCAUAAUAUAGUAGAACAAAUGAUGUUUUUGAUGUUGAUUUUCAACAUUUUGUUCAAAAUUAUUUGUCACAAUUUUAUAUGUAGUGUUCUUCUAGUUACCCAGAUUGACGAAAUGACUUGAAUUUGAUCAGUAUUUUUCUCAUAUAAUUCAUUAUAUCAUAAAGUAGAGUCUACGAACCUUUUUGAUAUAAAGCAUCAACGUAUAUUUUUAAUCGGUUUUCUAAUUAUUUGGGAGUGCAAUAGGCUGCUGUUUAUUUUUAUAGUAUUCUAUUUCAAUAUAUUCUAUAUUUUUAUUGUCUUGAACUGUUUCAAGCAUCACAUUGCCAGACAAAUUUUAUGUCAUUUAAUUUACUGUAGUUUUAUUAGAAUUGACAGAAUGUAUAGAAUUACUAACUUUGAAUUUAAAACAAAUUUGAAAUGAAAGCACUUACUUUUAGCAAUGACUAGGCAGUGAGACAUCUUCACGAGUGUCUCUCCCGAACCCGAAUUGUGAUAAACAAUAUUUUCCAAAUACUGUCCAAUAAACCAUAUAACAUGGUGAAUUUGUUGAUAAACUGAUAAGAAGUUUCGUUUUUGUUUAUAAUCUCUAAAAAAUAUUUAUGUAAUAGUUUUGGUGUUAUUGAGGAGAGUAAUUCAUGUAUAUUCUUUGAGUAUUAUUCCCAUUUCAUUUCUCUUUUCUUUGUCGCUUCCAAUGAUAUAUUUCCUAUCCCAUUCCAAUAAUUUUUCAAUAAAUGUGAAAAGUACUGUAUUAUAGUCUGUGCAAACCUUAGUUUACAGCACGAGGAUUUGUGGCCAUGUAAUUUCUUACGAGAUAGGAAGGCACUGAAGCAGUAUGAUGUUUGUCGAAACUAUCAAAAUGAUACAUGCUACCUUUUUCACUUUUGUAUCGCAAUGUAUAACGCCAGUGUGUCCAAAGAUACUGGAUCAAAAUUUCUGAUGCAUAGGAAAAUUAAAAAGUUCACUUUACUGAAUUGAUUGCCCAUUUAUACAAUUUUGUAUUCUAUCAUGGUUUCUAUGCAAAUAAAUUUUUUCCAAUUGCCA